GCCGAGGACUCUACGCGCGCGCGGGAGCGAGAGUGAGCGCGCGGCCUGCACGGAAAAAAGGGGAAGCGGCGGAGGCGGAGCAGGGGGUCGCGCCCGGGCAAGCGCCCGCUGCCUUCCCCGGGGCCCUGGCCGCUGGGCCGGGAGAACGAGCCCGGAGGACCCUCUUCCUCCCCCCCUCCACGCCCCUCCGCGGGCGCCCCGGCUCGCUCCUUCGGGCCGGCGGGGGCAGACGAUGGACGUGCCCUUCUACCACGACGAGGUCCUGAUCGCCUUGGCGGCUUCUUCCUCCUCUUCGUCGUCGUCGCCAGGCGCCGGUGGAACCUCCGGCGACUUGGCGCGCCGCUUCUCGCCUUCCUCCUCCUCCUCCUCGGCGUCCAACCGGAUGAAGAAAGACGGACUCGCCCUGGCGCUGGCCGGAGACCUCAAGGCGGGCCCCUCCGUCCAGCCGCCCCCGGGCGAAGGAAGCCCGGCCGGACCGUUGCUGGCCUCGCCGGACUUGGGCCUCCUCAAGCUGGCCUCGCCCGAGCUGGAGCGCCUGAUCGUCCAGUCCGGCGGCUUGGGCACCACCGGUAACUCGACCGGAGGGGGCGGUGGGGGCGGCCGCUUCCCCUUCCCCAAGGCGGCCCGGAGCGGCGAGGGGGGCCCCGACGAGCAGGAGUUCGCCGCCGGCUUCGUCAAGGCGCUGGAGGAUCUGCACAACCAGAGCCACCAACUGGGCGCACCGGCGCGCCUCCAGCCGCCGCUGAAGGACGAGCCUCAGAUCGUGCCCGAGGUGGCCAGCUUCGGCGGCGGCGGCCCCGGGGACAGCAGCCCGCCGCUCUCGCCCAUCGAUAUGGACACGCAGGAGCGCAUCAAGGCGGAGCGCAAGCGGCUGCGCAACCGGAUCGCCGCCUCCAAGUGCCGGCGGCGCAAGCUGGAGCGCAUCUCGCGCCUGGAGGACAAGGUCAAGAGCCUCAAGAGCCAGAACACGGAGCUCGCCUCCACCGCCAACCUGUUGCGCGAGCAGGUGGCCCAGCUCAAGCAGAAGGUGCUCAGCCACGUCAACAGCGGGUGCCAGCUGCUGCCCCAGCAGACCCCGCACCAGGUGCCCGCCUACUGAGAGCCAGCCAGCCAGCGAGCCUGCCUGCUUGCGCCCAGAAGACCCCGGGGCCGCCGCCGUGGGACGCCUUCCCCAGCGCCAGCAGGACGGGACCCUGGAGGGGCCCUCUUGGACCCCCCCCAACCCUCUCCGGGAACUGUGGGGCUGCUUUGGAGUCAAAGAGGGGCAGCUGGGAACCCCAGGAGGACCUUGCGUUGUGCACGGAUCCAGGCCUCGGGACUCUGGAAAGGCUGCUGAGUGCAGGACCUUUGGGCCGGGAGGGGGGCUUCCCUGGGGUGGGGGCUCUGCCGUCCAUCCCGGCUGCCCACCGGAUCCACCUCUGAUCUCACCUUCUUUGGGAUCUGCCUUAGACUGGAACCCUGGCUUUCAUCCCACCGUAUUUAUAUGAAUAUGAAGCCCUGUUCUUCUUGUUUUUUUGUUUUUCCUUUCCAGGGUUGGGGGGGAGAAAUGUAUUUUUU